AUGCAAAAAAAAAAAAAAAAAGUUUUUAUAGGAAAAAAAAAAAAUGAAAAAAACUUUUUUUUUUUUUUUUUUUUUUUUUUUUUUUUUAUGGGAUUGGAUAGGUUUAGAAAUAAAACAUUUAUUGGUGAAGAUUUACAUUUAAAUAGAUAUUACCAAUUUAUCGAUAGUGAAGGUAAAGUUAGAAGGGAUGUAGAUUAUUUCAUUCGUGAACCAAAUCCAAGAACAAUUCCAUCAAUUUGGAAUAGAUGGUUAGCAUUUAGAGUUUCUGAUCCACCAACUUAUGAAGAUGUAUUAAAAGAAGAUGAAAGACAAAGAUCAAUAAAAGAAAAAGCAAAAAUAUUUGAAGAAGAGGAUUUAAAAUUAAGAGUACAAGAAAUGGAGUACAAAAAACAACAACAACAAGAAAAUUUAGAUAAUAGGAAUAUAAUACCAAAACAAUAA